AUGGCGUUGCUUCCUCGUGCUGCCCGCCCGGCAAUGGCCGCUCUCAACUCGGCUGCCCGUGCCGGCUUCCACUCGUCCGCCGCUCAGGCCGCCCCGCUUCGUGAGAUCGAGCAACGUGUCAAGUCGGUGAGGAACAUCGAGAAGAUCACAAAGUCGAUGAAGAUGAUUGCUUCCACCAAGCUCAACAAGGCUCAGCGUGCCAUGGCUGCUGCCAAGGCUUACGGUCAGGCCAACAACGAGAUCUUCACCAACUCGGAGACCGUCGCACCCGAAGGCGGUCGUCAGCUCUUUGUUGUUGUCUCUUCCGACAAGGGUCUCUGCGGUGGUAUCCACUCGUCUGUCACCAAGCGCACCAAGGCCGAAUUCAAGAAGCUUGGCGAGAAGCUCGGCGAGGACGCUUCCCAGGCUCCUGCUGUCGUCGUCCUCGGAGAAAAGUCCAAGGCGCAACUUGGGCGUGCUCUUCCCACCAACCUCGCACUCUCUUUCAACCAGAUCGGCAAAGACGUCCCCACCUUUGCCGACGCUACUGCCAUUGCUGACCAGAUCAUCAAGUCUGGCAUCAAGUUUGACAAGGUCAACCUGAUCUACAACAAGUACGUUUCUGCUCUCUCCUUCGAGUCGGAUGUUCUGGAGGUCUUCUCGGAAGAUGCUCUUCGCAAUGCUCCUCAGUUCAAGCUGUACGAGCAGGAGGAUGAUGUCACCAGGGACUUGGCCGAAUUCGCUUUUGCCAAUGCCAUCUAUGCUGCUCUCGUCGAGGGUCACGCUUCCGAGAUCAACUCGAGGCGUAACGCUAUGGACAAUGCUUCCAAGAAUGCAGGUGACAUGAUUUCCUCACUCAACAUGCUCUACAACCGUGGACGACAGGCGGCUAUCACCAACGACUUGGUCGACAUUAUCACUGGUGCUUCUGCUCUCUAA